GACCGCGAACGGAUGUGUGUAGCGCUACGAAUUUGUUUAUAUGAAUGACCUAACCUGAAAAUUUGUGUACAAACAUUGAAUUAUACCGGAUUUCGGUGUGUUGAUUCGUUCGAGCUUUUGUAACGUCGAUAGUCUGUGCGUAACGUUUGGACGUGUUCGAAACUGACUAAUAAGUGACCGUAGAGUGCCGCUUGCAUUCUGCAAAUUUAAGCCUUUUUUCAAAAUUCGUCAGAAGAACAGGGAACCCGUGCAAGUGUCAGUUAUGGACAUGGAUCAGCAGGAACGUGAAAGCGAAAUCGGCGAAGAGAGCCCAAUGUCUCACAAUGAAGACGAGAUCAGCGAUGGUGAUGACUCAAUGAGAGACAACGAUGAAGCUGACAGUGCCGAAGAGAACCGUAUUCCACAUAACAGCAUCCUUGGAGAUAACCACAGCAUGCUUGCAGAACAUGGAGACGUUUUGUCCAAGCUGAAGAUGCAAGUUGGAAGUAUCAAACCUGGGGAGGAGUUCGACAUGCGUCAGCUAGAACGCCAACUGAACUUCACCAACAUGGCACAGUUCCAGGAACGUUUCCAAGUACCUGCUCCCUUUCCCUUUCCUCACCCCGCUGCCGCCUUCCUGCCCCCAAUGUCGCAGCCUCAGGCCGCCCAGCCCCCAUCGUCUGCCUCCUCUCACUCGUCAGAAGGGAGCGCAUCCUCCCAGACCACCUGGUCCUUCGAGGAGCAAUUCAAACAGGUGCGUCAGUUGUAUGAAAUCAAUGAUGAUCCGAAGAGGAAAGAGUUUCUGGAUGAUCUAUUCUCCUUCAUGCAGAAGAGAGGAACUCCCAUAAACCGCCUUCCCAUAAUGGCUAAAUCAGUAUUAGAUUUGUAUGAAUUGUACAACUUGGUUAUAGCCAGAGGUGGUUUGGUGGAUGUGAUCAAUAAGAAGUUAUGGCAAGAAAUAAUCAAAGGUUUACACCUUCCGUCUUCAAUUACAUCAGCGGCGUUCACAUUGAGAACUCAAUAUAUGAAGUAUCUGUAUCCAUACGAAUGCGAAAAGAGGAACCUAAGCUCUCCAGGAGAAUUGCAGGCAGCUAUCGACGGAAACCGUAGAGAAGGUAGAAGAAGUGGCUAUAGCCAAUACGAAGCUAUGUCCAGAGUUCAAAAUCCUUCAAACUUGCCAUCCAUGCAACAGAUGCAACAAAUGCAACAGAUGCAAUUGAACCGAAUGACGACAGCUAUGGCAGCUCAAGAACACGCCAUUGUAGCAUCUCUGAUGGAGUGCAGAGGAAGGACACUACCUAGCAAUGGUGUACACAAAGUUAACGCUCCAGAGAGUGGUCUUGCAAUCCCCAACGGGGUGCAUCCCAGUCAUCCCCAGCCCAUGGGCCAACCCACCAACGGCCCAAUACCAGGACUAGCCCCCAACAACGAGCUCGAGGCCAGGAUGAUGAAGUACGUCGAAUAUCUGAACAAGGAAAUCCGCAACAACGCUGCAAUCCCACCUGUACCCAUAGCUCCUCAGAUGCGAAAUGAUGUUUCUCCAACCCCGUCCCAGUCAAUGCAUCCCUACGAGUUGUCCAGGAUGGCCUUGUGGAACAUGUACAACAACAAUCAAGCUCCCGUGGAACCUCAGAGGGAAGCAUUGAACUUGGCAAAUGGUACCGCUAUGCCCAGAUCGCCUUCCGUUAAGGAGGAGCUGGAUGAGAGUCUAGAGGAUUGUAGCCCCUCACCCAAAAAGAUGAGAAUAGUGGAAGAAUCGCCUGCAGGUCCUAGUCCGAUCCCGAGCACUGCCACCAACAUCAAAAUCGACACCCGAGGAGAUAUUGCUAACGGAGAUAGCUCUAUGGUAGUCAGCAUGGAGUUCAACGGAAUAAAAUAUCAAGGUGUUUUAUUCGCCCAAACUACAGAAACAAACAGGACUUCAAGUUCCUCAUAAACUACAAGACAUUAUUCUCAUCUUUUAGGAUGAAAGUGAUUUAACUGUUCUUCAGUACUUACUUGCGAGUCUACCAGUUUGCUUAAAACAGUAGAUUCGCUUUGAAUUUUGGUGAUGCUUGCAAUGUGAGAGUUCUUGUGCGUUUUUAGGAUAUUUAUUUUAGAAUAUGUGUGUAGCUUAUGUAUAAUAUGUACCACCAUCUGAAUAAUGCACAAUUGAUUUAUAAACUCUUGUAACAAUUGUUUAAUAAUCAUUGUUAAAUUCGUAAUUAUGAAUGAAUAUGUUAUUCGAAAUGUGAUAUAUAUUAAAAUAUUUAUGUGGCCAGUUUCACACGAGACUGCCAAUUCAGAUUGUGGAGGAGUAGAGGAAGCUCUUUUUUAACCUCCAUUUAAAAUUUGUUAAGUAGUUGAAUGAGUGCAAUUGUGUAUGUAUGUAGUGUUCGGCUACUUUAGUGUUGUAAUUCAUUUUCUGUUUUACAGAAUUGAAUAUGUAUUUAGGAAUGGAAGAUUUUAAAUAUAAAAUUUUUUUUGAUACCAGUAAACUUCCUUCGUAAUUCCAUAUUUUGAAGUUACCUGAAAGGUAUAUUCAAUGUUAUUAAAUUUGGAUGUGAUAUGAACGGUGUGAGCUCACAGUUGAUACUUGAAGAUAUUGAAACAAUUUUGUUUGAAUUUAUUCCAUCGUUUAUAAAAUUUGUGAAUUUAGUGUUAGACUAUUUCUGUAAUUAUUUCAGAAUCGAUAAUUGUUCUUUUUUUAUUAGUCUUAUUUGAAACAUCCACCUUUUGUAAAGGUGUGUAAUUAUUUGAUGAUCGUGUUAAAAUAUCUACUAAGUUGAUUUUGUGUCAGAUGUAUGACUUCUAUUAUGUUUGACACCUUUUUUUGUGAUUUAAUUAUUAUUUUAUUCAUCAAUCUGAUGGUAGUCAUUUUUAUUUUAAUGGAAAAAAACCAGUCGCAAAUUGUUAUUGAAUCCCCUUAUCCAAAGUAUAAGUUAUAUGGGACGAACUGUGUGGUUCACUGGUAGAAAAAAAAGUAUAGCAGUAUUCCACAUCCAAACAAAUAGCAAUUUUAAUGAUUCUCAAAAGACUGUUAAUUUCUAAAUGUAAAAAUGAAAAAGAAAUGAACAGUUCAUCCAAACCGUAUCCGAUGAUCUGUUCAAAUCUGUUUUUUUAAACAAGUACUUUUUUAUUCCCAUUAUUUAUAAAGUAAUUCUAUUUCGUAGCAAUAUUAGAGAUAGAAAUGGAUGUAGAUAAUCCGAUGUUAUUGUUCCGAUAGAUUUAAGAAAUUCAUAAUUGGAUUAAGCUCUUUCGUCAUUCCAAUCUCAGUGAUAUUGAAAUGUUAUGAAAGAACUGUAAUUCUUUGUGUUCCUCGCAUUUGUCUCAUUUUCAUGUCGAACUGAAAUUAUCAGUUCCCACUUCCGGCAACUACCAAAUUCUUCAAAAUUGAUUUGUAAAAUAUAUAUUUUUUGUAAGUAAACUUUUAAAGAUGAAAAUAUAUGUAAAUAGUUCAUCAGCAUUAAAUAUAUUCAUUAGA